UGAGGUAGACUUUGGGUCCUGAAUUUCAAAACAAUUGAAAUGGCGGCCACUGUAAGAUGGAGUCUGUGGCAGUUACUACGGUCUCGCUCCGUUAUACAUCAUUACAGGUACCCAGUUACGGAGAGAAAUCGGUGCCUCUCCCUGUGUGCUGCCCAUCUUUUAAAAAAAUCUCUGCUACCUUCAAGGGGAUCGGGUAACGUGUUUGCAAUGCGAUGCUUGUCCAUUCAAACGCAAGAUACACCGAACCCCAGAAGUCUGAAGUUCAUACCUGGUAAACCUGUUUUAGGAACCGGAACAAUAGAUUUCCCCACUUCAAGCUCAGCAGAUUGCUCUUCAUUGGCUAGCAAUCUAUUUCAGGUUGAAGGAGUGAAGAGUGUCUUCUUUGGGCCUGAUUUCAUUACCUUGACAAAGGCAGAUGAUGAUGUUGAGUGGACUGAUGUCAAGCGACAUGCUAUUGAAGUAAUCACAACAUUCUUUGAGAGUGGAGAACCCGUUACAACUGGAGCUACACUGUCUCACUCGGAAAACAGUCUUUCUGAGGAGGAUGAUGAAAUUGUUUCAAUGAUUAAGGAGCUCCUGGAUAACAGGAUCAGGCCCACAGUUCAGGAAGAUGGAGGUGACGUCAUCUUUAAGGGGUUUGAAGAUGGGACUGUGAAGCUGAGACUGGUUGGCUCCUGCACAGGCUGUCCUAGCUCCACAGUUACCCUGAAAAAUGGCAUUCAGAACAUGCUGCAGUUCUACAUACCUGAAGUGGAUGACGUGGUACAGGUUGAAGAUGAAAUGGAUGAGGUCAGCACAAAAGUGUUCUCAGAAUUGGAACGCAAAUUGCAGGACUCCUAACCUGAUCCUGCUACUUCGUGUUUGGCAGACUACUCACAGAACAACCCUGGUAUACUUCGUGUUUGGCAGACUACUCAUAGAACAACCCUGGUAUACUUCGUGUUUGGCAGACUACUCAUAGAACAACCCUGGUAUACUUCAGGUUCUGAGCUGUAUCCUACAACUUAGUGCAAUAUUGUGCUCAACAGUUUUAAUUUUAGCCUUGCACUUUCCGAUUGUGUAUAUUUAUUAUUAUUCUCUUUUUUGUUUAUAUUAUGCCUCUGUAAUGAGCCUCAAUCGGUUGUGUACAUUGCAAGAGUUUUUGCAAAUGAAAUCUCCUUGUCCUUGGAAAGUUGCUUGCAUAACACUGAAGGUAGUUAUGAUGAAUAUAUUUGUUGCAUAUUGCAAGUGAAUUUUGGAAGGGUCGGGAGAGGGUUGUUUUCUGAUUCCAAAUGCAAAAUGUGAAUCUAAAGUAACAUUACAAGGAAAGCAAUUCCAGGAUUAAUUCAUUUUCCUGAAGGGCCACACAUCUGUGUCAGAUGUCAAAUUUAGUGAUUAUACACAAGUUCAGACAUUUGGUCUUACAGUCAAGAGAAUAAAAGUAGCACAGAAAAUGUGAGUUUUGGCUUGAAUUAUUACAAAAUCAUAUGGAUCGACAUGAAUGUUACAGUGACACUGUUCUGUUACUUUUGCCUAAUUAUUGUUUCACUCACUGUUCUGGAAACAAUACUUGCUUCAUGUAUAAAUGAUCUGUGCUCCUGUU